AUGGCCCGCCAGACUAGACGAAACGCAAAGGCGCGCGAAGCUGCCUCGUCCUCCGACGACGACGCGACAUCCCAGACCGUCAUGAACGGCAAGGGCAACGGCUCAGCGCAUCACGCGUCGGAAGCCCCGGACUCGAUGGAGAAGGAGAAUAUCUUCCUCUUCUGGCCCAACCUGAUUGGCUACGCCCGCAUAGUCCUCGCCUUUGCGUCGCUCUACUACAUGCCCCUGCACCCGCGCACGUGCUCCUUCUUGUACAGCGUCUCCUGCCUUCUCGAUGCCCUCGACGGCUUUGCCGCGCGCUACUUCGAGCAGUCCACGCGCUUCGGCGCCGUCCUCGACAUGGUGACCGACCGCUGCACCACCUCCUGCCUCCUCGUCUUCCUGUCCUCGGCAUUCCCGCGCUGGGCCAUUGUCUUCCAGGGCCUGAUCGCGCUCGACUUCUCCUCGCACUACAUGCACAUGUACGCCACGCUCGUCGUGGGCGGCGUCGACUCGAGCCACAAGAACAUUGACAAGAGCCAGAGCUGGCUGCUGAAUCUGUACUACACCAACAAGGGUGUGCUGUUCACCUUUUGCGCGCUCAACGAGCUGUUCUUCAUUGCGCUGUACCUCCUGUCCUUCUCCUCGCCCUGGGUCUCGCCCCACUUGAUCAAGAGUGUCGAGGAGACGAGUGGCGCGCACAUUGAUCCCGGCUCCCAGCUCAACAGCUCCAUCUUGAGCCAGUUCUUCCCCGAUCCGUUCAGCGCAGCGGCCCUCGAGAUGGCGCGCGCCAACAAGAUGGAUUCUUUCGUGCCGUGGGUUCUGGUGGUGAUCAGCUUCCCCAUCAUGUUCCUCAAGCAAGUCAUCAAUGGCAUCCAGCUGGUCAAGGCUAGCCGGUGGCUGGCUGACGUGGACGUCAAGAACCGCAAGGCCAAGGGCUUGCCCAGGGCCAAGAAGACGGCGUAA